ACAGCAAUGACAGCUCGGAACGCCAGUCUGUGCGCAGACAAUCAGAGACUGCAGAUUUAAAAUUCACGUAAAUAAUCUACGACAUUUAGACUACAUAACUACUUUCCAGUUACAGACAUGAAAGCAAUAAGCCCCGUGAGGUCCUUCAGGAAAAGCAGCGCCAGCUUGUCCGAACACAACUUGGGCAUUUCCCGGAGCAAAACCCCCGUGGACGACCCUCUGAGUCUACUCUACAACAUGAACGACUGCUACUCAAAGCUGAAGGAGCUUGUGCCCAGCAUUCCGCAGAACAAGAAGGUGAGCAAAAUGGAAAUCUUGCAGCACGUCAUCGAUUACAUCCUGGACCUGCAGAUCGCCCUGGAUUCCCAUUCCAAUAUCGCCGCCAGCCUCCAUCACCAGCGGCCAGAGCAGACAGCAUCCAGGAGUCCCCUGACAACCCUCAACACAGACAUCAGCAUCAUGUCUUUACAGGCAUCUGAAUUUCCUACAGAACUAGUAAUGAUGACGGAUGACAGCAGGACGCUCUUUCGUUAAAUUAAUGGUGUUUGGUUCGUGCACAAAAAUCACACAGGACCAGGGAACUGACCUUUUUUUUUUUUUGUUGAUCGCUUUUUUUUUUCUAAUCAAGAAAGAGACUAUUUAAAAAAAAAAGGAUGCUCUCUGUGAUCCGUUAUACCAACUCGGACUUUAAUAGUUCUUUAUCACGAGACUUUUUUUUUUUUUUUGUCCUUUCUUCAAACGGAAGGCUUGUUUGGUAUAUUCCCAAGCCUGGGGUCUAAAGAGAAAUAAUCGCAAGGAGUCGCCCACAUGAAGACUUUACCUUUUUUCAAAGGUGGAGCGUGAACAGAAGACGACUUGGUUAGUUGCUUUAUAAAGUUUAGUCUGUUUGUCAGAAGUGUGACGUCUUUGGCACUUCAAGGACUGGACGUUGUAUAAUUUAAAUGUGUAUGAUGAGUGAACCCUUGUCAACUCUAAUCAGAGUUUAUCUUGUAUAGUAGCAGAGAUUGUACAUUUCUGCAGAAAAUGCAAUGUUGUACUUAAUUAUUCUGAAACUUUUUAUAAAAGUAAUAUUGUAAAUUGUACCUUUUUUUUAUAUAUAUAAAAAAUAAAUCAAAUGCUUUAUUUGAAA